AUGUCGACUGACGGAGGAGAGAAGUGUCAGAUCAAGGCAAGUGCUGCAUCGCAAUUGCUACUGGUAAUCUUUACUGCCAAGACGGACAUCAAGUUGCGUGCGCGGCUACAGUUGAAGGCACUUCAAUUCGAAAAGUCUGGAGGUGUACUGCAUCUGACACAAUGA